CUCGCUCGGCUCAGAUCGCGGCGCCUCCCGUUCCGCUCCCCGGCAGCGCUCCAAGCUGGGCCGCGGACCUGGAGGCGGCGGCCGUGGUCGGUGGGCUCCGGCUGGCGCAGCGGUCGAGGCGGCGGCGCGGGUGAGCGGAACUGAGCCCAGCAAGUCCCCGGAGGCGAUGUUGCCCGGCGCGGGCUCCUGCGUAAGGCGGGCGCUGUGACAGGCCAGCCGGUGAGGCGCCGCCGGGGGAGGCCGCGACGGAGCUCCCGGACCGGCCAUGGGCUGAGACACGUCCUCGCCGAGCAGCCCAACCAGAGUGGGGAUGGGGUCGGAGGGGAAAGUGGGAGAGCUGGUCUUUCCCUCCAGAGGCCCUGGUGACUGCAAACCCAUGCUUUCUUUCAAGCCUGUGGUGAAAUUGACCCUUCUGUACCCCACCAGAACAUGCCCGGAUGAUUCCCUCCCAGAUCUUCCUUGUGGACUUCCUCGCACUCCCUAGUGACACUAUGCAACCCCAGCGUGACCUGCGAGGCCUCUGGCUCCUGCUACUGUCCUCAUUCCUGUUCCUUUUUGAGGUGGCCAGAGCUGGCCGACCCGUGGUUAGCUGUCCUGCCGCCUGCCUGUGCGCCAGCAACAUCCUGAGCUGCUCCAAGCAACAGCUGCCCAAUGUGCCCCACUCCUUGCCCAGCUACACAGCCCUGCUGGACCUCAGCCACAACAACCUGAGCCGCCUGCGGGCUGAGUGGACCCCCACGCGCCUGACCCACCUGCACUCCCUGCUGCUGAGCCACAACCACCUGAACUUCAUCUCCUCUGAGGCCUUUUCCCUGGUACCCAAACUGCGCUACUUGGACCUCUCCUCCAACCAGCUGCGUACACUGGAUGAGUUCCUGUUCAGUGAACUGCAAGCACUGGAGGUGCUGCUGCUCUACAAUAACCACAUCGUGGCAGUGGACCGCUCUGCCUUCGAUGACAUGGCCCAGCUGCAGAAACUCUACUUGAGCCAGAACCAGAUCUCCCGCUUCCCUCUGGAACUGGUCAAGGAAGGAACCAAGCUAACCAAACUAACACUCCUGGAUCUCUCCUCCAACAAGCUGAAGAACUUGCCAUUGCCUGACCUGCAGAAACUGCCAGCAUGGAUCAAGAACGGGCUGUACCUGCAUAACAACCCCCUGCACUGUGACUGUGAGCUGUACCAGCUCUUUUCACACUGGCAGUACCGGCAGCUGAGCUCUGUGAUGGACUUUCAGGAGGAUCUGUACUGCAUGAGCUCCAAAAAGCUGCACAAUGUCUUCAACCUGAGUUUCCUCAACUGUGGUGAGUACAAGGAGCGUGCCUGGGAGGCCCACCUGGGUGAGAAAUUGAUCAUCAAGUGUGACACCAAGCAGCAGGGGAUGACUAAGGUGUGGGUGACACCAAGCAAUGAACGGGUGCUAGAUGAAGUGGCCAAUGGCACAGUGAAAGUGUCCGAGGAUGGCAGUCUUCAUUUCCAGAAGGUGCAGGUCAAGGACGGUGGUGUGUACACCUGCUAUGCCAUGGGGGAGACUUUCAAUGAGACACUGUCUGUGGAGUUGAAAGUGUACAAUUCCACCUUGCACGGGCACCAUGACACCCUCAACACAGCCUAUACCACCCUAGUGGGCUGUAUCCUCAGUGUGGUCCUAGUCCUCAUAUACCUAUACCUCACCCCUUGCCGCUGCUGGUGCCGGGGUGUAGAGAAGCCUUCUAGCCAUCAAGGAGACAGCCUCAGCUCUUCCAUGCUUAGUACCACACCCAACCAUGAUCCUAUGGCUGGUGGGGACAAGGAUGAUGGUUUUGACCGGCGGGUGGCCUUCCUGGAACCUGCUGGACCCGGACAGGGUCAAAACGGCAAGCUCAAGCCAGGCAACACCCUGCCGGUGCCCGAGGCAACAGGCAAGGGCCAACGGAGGAUGUCGGAUCCAGAAUCGGUCAGCUCGGUCUUCUCUGAUACUCCCAUUGUGGUGUGAGCAGGAUGGGUUGGUGGGGAGAUUCUGCCCCAGGAGAGGUAACGCACCCCGAAGGAUAUGAGGGGAUGGAAGAGAGGGCUGACUGCCCAAGGGAGUGGGUUCCUCCUGACCGCAAGGGAAUAGGUCAUGGGUACAACAGGAGGCAAGACCCCAACCAGGGUGUGGCUGCCACAGUUUUCAAAUAUGGGUAUGUUAAUCCUCAGGCAAAUGCCACACCCCUAUCCCAAAACCUGGCAAUUCUCAAUGUGGUAGAGGAAGCAUGUCUGAGUUGGAUGGGAAUGAGGAAGGGGUGAGGAGAAGAGCAGAGUCCCUAAACUUUUGAGGUCAUUGCUAGCUCCUUAAGCGAAAACCAUCUGAAAAAUUUUUUCUGCUUCUGCCCACCCACACCAGUGAUGUGUAUGUUGGAGGGAGCUUCCGCUGGAGCCACAUUGGGGGAAAACUGUAGUAAUCUUCUCUGGUCAGGAAGUCACACUUCACAGCUGGGGAAAUUGGAAACCUUUGGAAAAUGAGUCAGGAAAAGGCUAAGUCCUCAUCAAUAACACUCCCAAAACUGUUGUGAGACUUCCCACAAAAGUCUCCCUCUUUCCCGAUGAGCCUUGAGUGGAUUGGUCUUUGCAGGAGCCUGGCCCAUUACCUGUUAGUUAUGGCAGCAGUGUGGGAUGUGGGAUCUGUGCCUUGUCCUGGGACCAAUGGCACAGAGGGGCACAGGGGUCUGUGUCACAGCGUAGGUGCCAGCACAAAACUUAUAGAUGGGGGGUGAACUCCAAGUAGGGUGAUUCUCUGGUUAUUGAAACCCUUGGUUAGCAUUUGAUUUCCAGCAUCUGUGUGUCAGACUAGAGUGGGGGCUGCUGAAGGGCAGAGAGCUUUUAUGGAUGCGUGCCACAGACAUGGUAUGUGGGCCCACUUCAAACUAGAAGGAUGAGAAUAAAUCAGUCUCUAUUAUGUAGCAUCCAGCUGGACCUACCUGAUUGUCUGUAUAUGCCAUCUCUUCAUUCAGUCUCCUUAUAAAGCUCAGAUAGGAUUCUGAGUUUUCCCUAAUAUGCUGCUCUACAAACGGAGUAGUCCAGCAGAGUCUGGCCCCAGCUGGGUUAGAUCAGCCUUGGAGAUAGAGGGACUUGCUAAUGUAUCUCCUGUAUGUUCAGAAGGCUGCCUCAGUCCUCUUUCAGAGAUCUUACUCUGCUGCAAAGACAAAGCAUGGGAUUUUGUCAUCUGAGUAGCUGGAAUUGGGUAGUCUCUGUUUCAGAAUGGCAAUUUGGAGUGUGGCUCAGAGUUCUGCCCUCUCCAGAAGGUUCCAGGCAAUCCUGUAGCAGAGACAAUCAGUGGCGCUAAACUUUCAGAAGGAGAGUUCAGCCACCCGGAUGAAGCCACCCUCUCAGCCAAAGGUCUGAGCAGUUGUGGUUGUUAGGCCACAGGGACUUAAGAAGAAUGAACCCAGCAUUUCAGUCCAUCUAAGGAUGCAGAAUACUUUGGGUAUGGAGAUGACUGCUCUCUUUGACUGUACUGUAGGCCCUGGGAGGUUGUUGCUCUGAGCUUUGCAGGGGGAUGAUCAAAGAUGAGAAUGUCUUUAAUGUUGGUCUUUUUCAGUGUCUCCUCCCACGUUUCCUGUCCACUGGAAGUUCUCCAGAUCCUCUAGUUUUCUGACCUGUUCUUUAGGUUCCAAGAGGUGUUAUUUACCUGUGGGUGAGGGCUUCUUCCUAGGAGGGCCUGACUGUUAAGCUGCGUAUUAAGAUUGGGGCAGGGGACUGGAACUCAACAUCUUCCCCUUGUCUGUUCCUGGGAUCUCAAUACUGCUUUCCUUCCUUUAUUAAUAACCUAGUUUUGUUGAGAAAGAGGUGCAGCAUUUCCCUCAAGUACUUGCAUGCUCAUAGGGAUGCAUGCUUAUAGGUAUGCACACACACCAGCACCUUGACUUCCAUCAGGACAGUGAGUCUGUAGUCCUCACUAAUGCCACUCCCAGAAUGGUCUCCACCUAUGUGCACAACGUCACGCACACGAUUUUCUUGCCCUGUAGGGGACAAUGACCAUGCCAGGCUUCUCAAAUACACAACUCUUGUACUGUAAUUUCUGAACUCCCUGAAGCUUCACUUUCACCCACAUCUCCGUGGCAAUGAAUCACUUCUCUGCAAAGGCUGGAGUUAGGAGAACCACAGGCUGAAGACCUUGGGAGAAGGGGUGGUGAGGAGCUAGCUGGCUCUUCAAACUCCUUAGAAACCUUCUUAAAGACUUUAUAUAUGAGAAAUUAAGAUAGAACUAGGUCAAUGAAGAACCCAGAAGGAACUGGCAGGGGGCCAGGCAGCUGUGAGUUGCUCUUCCUAUAUUAGCUUUCUUGAUGAGGCAAGGGCAGGAAAGAAAAGUUGUCUGUUAUAUUCCAGAGACUUCUGAGGAUUUUGUUACUGGAGCUAUAAGAACAAGGACUCCCUCCUCAAACCUGGGAAAGUCUCAUCUCCAUGCUGAAGUUUCCCCUCUUGGCACAUCUAGGGCUCUGGAAAUCUUUAAAGUGAAGUCAAAUGAAGCAGGCCUUCUGGGGCAUUCAGGCGUAGUUCCUGAGGACUAGGGAGGACAUUUUCUUCCUAAGUCCUACUCAGUUUAGGGAAUAAGAAAAGUCCCUGCAGCUCUAAGUCUCCCUGGUAUAUCUGCUAUUUUGGCCCCUUGUUUGAGACACUUGGUAGAUGUGCUUGGUUGCCCCACCAAGAGAUGUAACUGAUUAGCCUCCCCUGUGGUUUCAGUUGAUAGAACCCAAAGGUAGCUUUUUACUUGGGGAUUUGAGUCCUCAGCAUAUUUAAGCUCCUAGAACCCUGUGUAGAAAACUGCCAGGUGUGGUUAUAACAAAAGGCUGAGAGAUCACCUCCUCACCUCACCCCACCUGGAACCCAUAAACCAUAUAUGUCUCACAGGAAGCAGGUGUCCCUGGAGACAGAGUAUGACAGGGCUGUACAAUCUGUCUAUGUAGUUAUUUGUGAUCUUUUUUCUUUGCCUAUAUUUAUGGGGCCCCCAGGAAGGGGCCAGGAGAGGGUACACGCCAGCUAGAGAGAGCAAAGCUAACUGAUUCCAGUUUUCUGUGUGUGCUUACCUCUAUACUUCCUCGUAGCCCUGCUGACAAAGCAAGCAGGCUUCCCGUGUCCAGGACCCUGUUCCUCCCACUUGUGUAUACCCAGGCUGGCAAAUCUUGGAGCCUCUGGGCUCUGAAAACUAGACAAUGAUCAUUAAACCUGGCUUGAGUCUCUG